AGAAGUUCUCCAAAACUGCUGUGCAGAUCCAUAGAUCAUCAGCCCUCAAUCCCCACAUUUUGCAGCCGCUUUUUCCAUCGCCCUGGUCAUGACCAAGACGGUCAAUGCCACCCAGCAAAGUUUGCGGCUCUUGGGCCUCAGCCUGGCGGGCAUCAGCGCAUUCUUCAUCAUCCUCCGGUUGCUCUUGACCUAUGUCUUGGGCAGCCCAGGGAUGGUGACGGCCGCUGUGGUCUCCGUCAUCAGCGUGCUUUGGGCGGCCCAAAGGUCUCAGCAUGCCCGAGCUCGAAGUGAACAGGAGGCCCUGCUGAUGCAGCACCGGGCCUUCGCCGCGGAGGUGGAACGUGCUUGGGAAAGGUCCCAUAGCAACGACCUGGAGCGGCGCAAGGCGCCCCACCGGGAGGUGCCGUCGUCCCAUGCACCCGCACCGGGAGUCCGUGCAGUGGGAGAAACCGCAGAAGGCAGCAAGAAGCGGAAGAAGAAGAAACGUGCCGAGAGCGAGGAGACCUUCAUCGUGGACGACGAGCUGGAAGCCGAGGUGGUGGAAGACCUGGAGGACUUUCUCGAGCACAGGCGGCUGCGGCAGACGCUGAAGAAAACCGCCGACGAGCUUCGGGUCAGCCAGCAGCGCAAGGACAAGAAGGCUUCGGGGGCGCUUGAGGCGGAUGCGAAGAAGGCGCCGGAGCCGAAGGUUCCCCCUGCGAAGGCCAAGAAGGAUGAGGAGCAUGCGCCCAAAAUGGGAGGUGGCAAAGGAAAUGGUCGAAGAAAAUCUGGCGAGGAGAAGUCCCACACCAAAGAGAAGGAGGUCCGCAAGAGUGGAUCCUACAACGGUACCAACGGUGCCAAGCAGAGUUGGGAGGAGCAACAAUGGUAUGGUGACAACAGCUGGUCCUCACAACAGGACAGCUGGGAUGACUGGGGCAACAGUCGCUGGUGGGGCCAGAGGGGCAACGGCCAAGCGGGCGGAUGGAAUGGUCGCAGAGAGCGUCGGCGACCCGCAGGUCGCGGCACGUCCGGGUGGAGCUAGGUGUUCCUGAGCCGGUCUUCGGGCGGCUUCACGGUCGCGCGAUGGAGGGCGGCUCCUGGGGUUCGGUGUUAGAAGACAUUUUCCUGUCUUC